AUGCAAAAAAAAAGAAGAAGAACACUAUGGGAAGACAACCAGCUAAUACCAGACUUGGAGCUAUUAGAAGCAUUGAGAUUAGAAAAUGGAAACUUCUCAUGGGCAUCUCAAUCUAUCACCAAAGGUACUAAGAUUCUUAAUGUCGUUUAUAAUGCCUCUGAUAAUGAUUUUGUUAGAACUAAUACAUUAGUUAAAGGUGCUAUUAUUGAAAUUGAUCCAGCACCAUUCAGAUUAUGGUUCCUUAAAUUCUAUGGAAAAGAUAUUGCAUCAACUGAUUAUUAUAAAUCACUCGAAUCAGCUACAUUCAAAACUGAAAAGAAAGUUGUUGUUCCAAAGGAAGAAGAAAAUAAAGAAAAGACUAUUGCACAACAAAUUGCAGAAACACAAGUAGCACUUAUGAAUCCAAGUAAAACUAUGCAAAAGAAAUAUGCAAAGAAAUUAGAAGUAUUAAAGAAUAUGAAAUUUGAUGAAGCCUUAUUAGAAGGAUUCCAAAGUGGAAGAGUUCUUGCAUGUAUUUCUUCCAGACCAGGACAAACUGGAUCAGUUGAAGGAUAUAUCCUUGAAGGUAAAGAACUUGACUUCUAUAGCAAGAAGAUUUCAGAUAAGAAGAAAUAAACUUAAUUUGCAGUGCUUGAUUUGUU